UAAAAAGUGCGAAUUUUUUAUACAAAUUAAGAAAAUUAUAAAUUUAUAUUAAUGUGAAAAGCAUAAAUUGCAAGAGUGUAUCGAAAAUCGAAUGGGAAACUACAAUCAAAUGUGAUAAAUAUAAUAAAUGAGUGCGACCUUUAAAUAAUUGAGGUUAUGUUUAGUGUGCUGUGUGAAAAUGAAACUUUUACUUUUUACGUUGUUUUCAUUAGCGGUUUUUCAACACACCGCCCAGUUUACAAACAAUUUUGAUGUCGUCAAAAUCGGCGCAAUAUUCUUCCACGAUGAAAUGAAAUUAGUUGAAGCUUUUGAUACCGCAGUACGUGAUAUAAACAACCUGGAAUUGGAUGUUCGAUUGGAGCCGAUUAAACAUUAUCUAAGCAGUGACGAUAGUCUCACGCUGCAAGAGUUGGCAUGCGAUUUGAUCGAAAAUGGCGUCGCCGCUUUAAUUGGUCCAAGUUCAAAGGCGAGCAGUGACAUUGUUGAGGUCAUUUGCAACACCACCGGCAUUCCACAUUUACAAUUCGAUUGGUAUGGUGAGGAUAUUUAUGGACAUAGGCGUAAUCAUAAGUUGACUGUGAAUGUGGCACCGGUGGAGCAAUUACUGGCAAAGGCAUUAUUGGAUAUUGUGCGCUUCAAGAAAUUGGAGUCUUUUAUGAUAGUUUAUGAAAACAGUCGAAAUUUGGGUCGCAUGGAAUAUUUAUUCAGUUGGCGAAAGAUGAAUAAUAAAACUGGCAUCAGAUUAUGGCAUUUCAGUCGUGGCGAUGAUUAUCGUGUUAUGUGGAAACAGAUAAAUAGUCUGCGUGAAAAGUAUAUUGUUUUAGAUUGUCCCGCUGAUAUACUCAUCGAAGUGCUUAAUGCCUCAAUAAUUUUUAAUAUGACCGGACAAUUCAAUCAAUGGUUUCUUACGAGUUUGGAUACCCAUACAGCCAAUUUUAGCAGCUCAUAUUUUACGGCAUUUCUAGCAGCUAUAUAUGCUGUGCGUUUGCGUCCGUAUAUUCCGCCACCGGUGCACGAUGAGUCGGACGUUUUCGAGGAGGAUGAACCAGAUCUGAUAAGUUCUGCUCGCGGUAAAUUACUUUAUGAUGCGGUGGUCUUGUAUUUUAACGCGGUGCGAAAUCAAAUACGAAGCCAACAAUAUCGAGAACCCAGAGCGCGUUGUCAUCGUGGGUUUUGGCGCACAGGAUUGGAGAUUAUAGAACAAAUGAAGAUACUCACAGCACGCAACGUAACUCCGCCCUUUAAAACGCAGAAAAUGCAAUUGAAUGAAUAUGGAACACGUGAUGAAUUCAAUUUGGAAAUAUACAAUCCCCUGAUAGAUCGUAUUACACACAUUUGGAAUAAAAAUCAAAAUUUAGUCCCAUACGAAACUUUAGUCGCAGCGAAAGAGAGUAAAAAGAAGAAAUUCGAUGAGGUACAGGACUAUACGGUUAAGCGUGUGAAGUAUAUAGUAGCGACACGCCUCGGUGAACCAUAUUUCAUGUACCGUCCAGAGCCUGAGGGCGUACACUAUGAAGGCAAUGAUCGAUUUAUUGGCUACGCGGUAGAUUUGAUAUAUAAACUGGCAGAAGAAUUGGAUUUCGAUUUUGUCUUCGAGUUGGUGCCCGAUAAUAAUUAUGGCAGUCAAGAUCCAAAAACCGGUGAAUGGAAUGGCAUCAUAAGGCAGUUAAUCGAUAAUAGCGCCCAAAUUGGCAUAUGUGAUUUGACAAUUACGCAAGCGCGCCGUACAGUUGUAGAUUUUACAGUGCCCUUCAUGCAAUUAGGCGUUAGUAUAUUAUUUUAUAGAGAGCCACCACCGCCAAAGAGUCCGUAUGGUUUUCUUGCACCAUAUUCUUUGGAUGUUUGGAUUUGCUUGUUACUCGCUAUAAUGGUAUCGGCAUUGGCUUUGGUAGUGGUAGGACGUAUCUCACAUGCCGACUGGGUAAGCCCGAUUGCGCAUGAUCCCGAUCCUGCUGAAGUGGAGAAUAUUUGGAAUUUGAAUAACACGCUCUGGUUGAAUGUUGGUUCGAUUUUGUGUCAGGGUUGUGAUUUGCUGCCGAGAGGUUCUGCUAUGCGCGUAUUUACUGCAUUCUGGUGGAUCUUCUCGCUGCUUCUAUCUCAAACGUAUCUCGCUAAUUUGGCUGCUUUCAUCACUGCUUCCAAAAUGCAGAGUUCUGUAGAUAGUUUACACGAUCUCAUCAAUCAAAAUAAGAUACAAUUCGGUAUGUUAAAAGGUGGUAGCACACAAUUGCUGUUUUCCGAAUCGAAUGAGUCGGAAUAUCGUUUGGCUUGGAGUAAGAUGGUUUCAAUGAAACCGGACGCUUUCACAGCGAGCAAUGCAGAAGGUGUGGAUCGUGUGAAGCGUAGUGAGGGUCGUUAUGCCUUUCUAUUGGAGACCACGACCUUACAAUAUUAUUUGGCGCGAAAUUCCGAAUUGAAGCAGAUCGGUACACCAUUCAAUGAGAAGCAUUAUGGUAUUGCGGUGCCAUUGCAUGCACCUUAUCGCUCUACUCUCAGUGUGGGCAUAUUGAAGCUUAGCGAAAAGGGUGAACUAUUUAAAUUAAAAAAGAAAUGGUUUUCGGCAAAUGAGUCUAGUAAAAACGCAAAGGAGGCAAAGAACGAUGAAUCCCAGUAUACUAUGGAAUCUGUUAGUGGCAUAUUUAUAGUAUUAUUGGGUGGCAUUUGUGUUUCCUUACUAAUUGGCAUACUUGAGUUCUUGUGGAACGUUGAGCAGAUUGUAGUGCAAGAGAAGCUGCCCGCAAUGGUUGUGUUAAAGGCUGAGUUGAAAUUCUUCAUACGUUUCUGGGAGACACGCAAGCCACUGCAUACCUAUGCGGAGAGUCGUGGCUCAACCUCAACUGGGUAUUCAUCGUAUGAUCAAAUGGCAAGUGGUUCGACGGUUAAAAAGAAAAAGAAGAAGAAGAAGAAGAAGGGAAAAAGCAAUAAAGUUUCGAGUGAUUAACUAUAACUAUGUACAUAUGUAUAAUUUAUAAAAUAUU